AUGCCAGCAUCCAAAGUGGAAAGGAAAUCUUCUCUAAGUUCUUGGCUCAAGCGUGCCACAUCCACUCGAUCCAAACGUGUGUUUGGUACAUCAUUAUGCAAGUCUAUUCGUUAUGCCAAAGUAUCCCUUGGCUAUGUGGAUGAAACAUCUGUAAAGCAUCCAGAAGUUGGGACCAUUCCUAUUGUGGUGGCACAAUGUGGCUCGUUCUUGAAAGCUAAAGGUCUAUUUGAACCCUACGUCUUUUUACUGCCAGGUGACAAGCGGCACGUGGAUACAUUACAAAGCAUUUUCGAUGACCCACGCCAAUCGCAUGGAUUGUAUUUGGACUGGGACUCUGGAAAUUACAGUGUACACGAUGCAGCCUCCAUAUUGGAAAGAUACCUUGACCAGCUACCGGAAACGGUGAUUCCACGUGAGCACAACAGCUCGUUUUGUGCCUUGAUGGAUCAUCAUGAACAUGAAGCUGCUACUACUACAAUUGCCGACCAUUUCCGACAACUCGUUCAAAAGUUGCCGAUUCCUCAUCAACAUCUCCUACUUUAUCUCGUCGAUCUUCUCAGCCUAUUUGCUUCGAAUGCUGAUGCUAACUCGAUGGAUGCAUCCAAGUUGGCAGAUAUCUUUACACCACGCAUCCUUGGUGAGUCAUGUGGAAAGCACCCACAUCAAGCUCAAUCACUUGUUCAAUUCUUGAUUGGAUCACAAGCUCUCUUUAUGAAGCAACUCUAUCAUCAUGUACCGCAAAAAGAGACCACCACCAACAUGCAUGUUAAUCGUCAUCCAUCACCACCACCUUUGAUGGCUCCAAAACCUGUACGACCUAUUCCUAUCAGCUUGAUCACCAAGGAGAGCAUUACAUUUGUACCACCUACGCUUCAUCAUCAUCAUCAUGCAAAACAACCUCGACAUGAUGGUGGUGGAUCUCACAAGAAACGUGAUGCAAUGCAAAAGUCAUGUGAUGAUGGCAGCAGAAGCAAACCCCACACGAUAGCAACAACAACAAAUUAUUGCCAAACAACGACAUCAGUAUCAUCAUCCACAUUCCAGCGUGCAAGAUCCUUAAUGGAUGCCAAAAUCAAGGUUUUGAUACGGUCAUGGCAAGACAAGCCCAUUGGCUAUUUGAUCUGGACGGCUUCCAUUGCAUUGAUUAUUGCUGUAUUGAUGUACGAGACCUAUCAAGCGAUUUGGGGCACUUGUUGCUUUGAACCUUACAUUUUCUUUGGUGGAUUUAUCUUUUAUUGGAUCAUGUUGAUACGAGGCAUCCAAUGGCAUGAUGGUGGUGGCGAACGGAAGAAGAAUGACCAUAGCAACGUGGAUCGCCGAAAGUAUCUACGACAACGACGACGCAAUGAAAUACCAUCAUCAUCACAGAGUCAUCAGCAUCACAAAAAGAACGACCUUACUACUACUACUACUAGCGAUACAAUGAGUAUUCAAAGCCGAUUCAGUGAACAGUGGAGGAUCCAUAAUGAUGAUGGUGACAAGGAGGAGGUAAUUGUCGUACGUCGAAAAAGUCGCCAUAGCAACCAAGCUAUUAGCACCAAAGACAGUAAUGCCAAUGACAGACGAGAGGAAUGGAAGAUUCGUUACUACCAAGGGAAGAAAUGA